AAACAUCUGUCAAAGUGUCAAGUCAAAUCAAAUACACUUAUUUCUAGAACUUAGGUUAUUCUCGAUUGUAAUAUUCAAAACAUUAAAAAGUAAUUAUGAAUAACAUCAAAAGAUUACUAACAGCGCCCAGCUUGUCUAGAUCAAGUUCAACAGCUCCAGCAGAAUUUAUAAACAGAAACCCUCGGAACUUGGAAAAAAUAAGAAUCGCUCGCAAACCUGAUGGUUAUCACUUGGAAGCUCCAGGCAGGAAAUUCUGGCAUAAGCUCACACUAACAGCAAGCAACCGCACAGUAACAGCCCAAGUAGUCCAUUUCGUGAAUGGUCCAGUAAUAGAAGCUAAAACCUCAGAAUGGGCUCUACGUAAACAACUCUACAGCAUCAAGGACACAUGCGCAUACAUCAAUUUAGGCAAAGUCUUCGCUCAACGGUGUUUAGAGAGCGGUAUUACUGAGAUGUACUGUGAUAUAAAGCCAGUUGAAGGUGGGAAAGUCGACAGAUUCAUCAAAGAGGUUGUCAAUGGUGGCGUCAAAUUGGAAGAACCUGAAGUCUACAAGAAACCAAGUCCAUGGGACUUACUUCGACCAGAAAAGCCAUGGGAGGUUGCUGAGGAAUAAAAUUUUAUUAUAGGUGUAAUUAAGUAGUAAGUAGGUAAAUAAAAAGAAAGUAAAUAAUA